CAGCGCUUCACCCGUUUGCCUCGCGGACAACGAAAAAAUUCGAAUCACUUCGUUGGGAAUCGUCACAAACCGUCAGUCGGGUAGAUCCCGAAGCAUCCCCUUCAAUCCCACGUAAAGUUUCUAGUGUUGAAGAAUCAUUGAAGCUGUUAACAAAAUACGACCUUUAGUGAUUGUUUUUAAUGUGAGGAUAAAUUCGUAAAAAACAAAAGAAAAAUCCAAAGAAAAAUGUACGGAGGACAACGUCGCGGGAGGGCCGACGGUGACCUUGACUCAGACGACAUUUUCAUGGACAGAGAUCGACCAGACGCUAAUUCAACUGAAAACAAUUACCAGCAGGCCAAGAAUAUGUUGACGACUUGUCAAGAUUGUGGUUUAACGUGGAAAAAUGGACACGGUUGCAAAGCUACUGGGAAGAUUUGCCUCAAGUGCGGUCAGAUCGGACAUUUUGCUCGUGUUUGCCGUUUCACCGGCGAAGAGGACUCUCUGAAGCAGAAUGAUGGAAACAAGUCGAAUAGUAAUUCAGUAAAGAAGAUUAAAAAGGCAAAGAGAUCUAGUAAGAGUGAUUCUAAGGAGAACAGGAGUGAUUUCAACUUCAGUAGGCACAAUGGGGAGGCUAAUAAUAACAACAAACAGAAUUUCAAGGACAAACAGAGGGGCCACACAGAGAGUCAGAAGACGAGUUUCAAGGACGAUGAGGCCAUGAAGGAAGAGGCUAAUGGGCUUUAUAAGCAGGGAAAAUUCAAGCAGGCCCUUGCAAAGUACACAAAACUCAUUGAACUCUGCCCAACAAAUGCAAACCAUUACAGCAACAGAUCAGCCUGCUACAUGAUGAUGGAGCAGUACGAGCAUGCCCUGAUCGAUGCAAGAAAGACCAUCGAGAUUGAUCCCAAGCACAUCAAGGCCCACACUCGUCUCGUGAAAUGUGCCGUAUCCCUCGGGAAGACAAUGGUAGCAGAGACAGCCCUCACGAAGCUCUCAGAAGUUGAUCCCAGCAACGAGAUCCUGGCCCCCCAGCGUAAGAAGCUGAAAGAAGUCCAAAAGCAUCUCGAAAACGAGACUGAAGCAGUCGCAUCCAAGCAGUAUAAGAAAGCUUUAUUGGAGAUCAACAAGUGUCUCGCCACUUGUAACAAGUCCAUCCCCUUCAAACUCCGCAAGGGUGAAUACCUGGCACUCUUGGGAAGGUACAAAGAUGCUGAGGCAGCAGCCAAAGAUGUGCUUCUCGUGGAGUCAUCGAACAUCGAGGCCAAAUACAUCUUAGGUCUCUGCAUUUAUCAAUCAGACGUGGACAGGGCUGUUGACUACCUCAGAGAGACUCUUCGUCUUGUUCCAGACCACAAGAAGCUGGUUUCACUGUACAAGAAGGCUAAGAAAUUGGCAGACAAGAAGAAAGCUGGAAACGACGCUGUCAAGAACAGGGACUACGAUGAAGCAUUAAAGUUUUAUGCAGAGGCUAUGGCAGUGGAUCCUAAGAACACUGGGAUGAAGAAGAAGCUGCACUACAACAUGGCUCUCGCUUAUUACAAGUUGGGGAGUCUUCGAAAGACGAUUGAAGAGUGCUCGAAGGCUCUGGGGAUUGACCCCAUGUAUAUGAAGGCUUUGAUGAGGAGGGGACGUUGCUACAUGGACCUCAAGGAGUGGGAAGAAGCUGUCAAGGAUCUGACGAGGGCCUGCAAGCUCGAUGAUGACAAGGACUGCAGGAAACUUCUUGAUGAAGCUAAGCAGAAGCUGGCUACUGUCAAAAAGGACUACUACAAGAUCAUCGGAGUGUCUCGUAAUGCGUCCCAGGAGGACAUCAAGAAGGCCUAUAGGCAGCAGGCUCUUCUUCAUCAUCCUGAUCGUCAUGCUACUGCCACUCAUGAGGAGCUGAAGAUGCAUGAGAAGAAGUUCAAGGAAAUUACUCAGGCUUACAGGAUCAUCAUGAAGAAUCACAAGGCAAACAAGCCACAGCCACACUACCACUGUGCGGGCUGUUCGUUCAGUCAUGCCAAUUGUAGACAUGACGACGACGAUGAUGAUGAUGAUGAGUGGGAGCCAGACGACGACGAAAUUUACAGGCAUUACAUGAGAGAUGUAUUCUUCGCUUUCGUUACUUCCAUGAGGCAGAAUAGCUUUCGCUGCUAGCUUGAUAAUUUGGGGAUUAAGGGCUCUGAUGUUUCUGAUAGAAGUUUUUCUGGUAAUUGUUCUGUUCGUUGGGUAUCUUGAGGUAUCGUUAAUUCUUUGUAUUAUGGAUUUCCUAACUUCGAUUUAGGGGUUUCAUUACAAAAUGAUGGCAGCUGUUUGAAUUUUGUGUAGGACGUUUACCAUGGUCAAUAGAUUAUCCGUUUUUUAUAAUUUUUCUAGAUUUUGUUUCAACGUGAUUAAAAAUUGAAGUUGCAUCUUAUAAAUGGGGUCUCAAGCAGACUUUCAUCGUUAGUCGAGUGAAAAAUCGUCGUUGAAGUUCAUCUGUGGCAAACUGGGUGUUGAUAGCUUAAAAAUGAAAUCAAGGAACAAAAAACCUUUCUCAUAAUCUGAUUGACAUUAUAGACGCUUUAUUUGAAUGAAGAUUAAUUUCAUCAUUUGUUUAUGAAAUAAAGUGCGGAAAUAAGAUGAGUUGAAAAGCUAAGAUAAAAAGUUGAACGCUAAGUUGAAAGCUAAGAUCAUUGAGUUAUUCAUGAAUAUUUGUAAUCUGCCGAGAUUCAAGGAUAUUUAUCACGAGAACAUUUUUGUAAAGAAUUCCAAGGGCUAUAAAGAAGCUUCUCUCGUAAAUAUCAGUGAUCUCAAUGUAUCUGGUAUAUCGGUAAGAGAGUGCGAGCGUUUUUGAGUUAUUUUCUUUCAUUAGUUAGUUACAGAGUUAGAGUCGGAGGUAAUUAGGAACAUCUCAGGGAUUUUCAAAGAAUCAAUGAAGAGUUGAUAGUAACACUUGACAUUUUUCACUAAAGGAGAGGAUAUAGAAAGGGGGGAUCUGGUUGUGUUGUAAAGUGAUAGUUUUGGACACUUUACAUGAAAAUCGAAACAUGUUCAGUCGUUACGACACAUUUAAUAAGUUUAAAUGCUGGAAGAUGGAGUUAUUGGGAUAAGUAAAGAUUGAUGAUUAUAAAGAGUUGAGAAAAUUACUGUUGGUGCAGCUACUGUAAAAGAUUUCCAAUAAAUGACUGAAGUUUUU